GGCUCUCGACCCUUGCAAAGAACAAACGAGGGUUCAUUGUUUUCAGUUCGGGUGAAGAGAAGGAAUACUCCCACGCCUACUACUCUACUCAUACUCUUGUUGCUAAAUCAAAAAUUAAUUAUUAGUAAAGAAAAGAGAAGAAAAUGGGCGUUUUGGAUCAUUUCUCCAACAUGUUUGAUUGCUCCUCUGGUAGAACCAGCUUAAGAAGACACAAACAAUUGCAGACAGUGGAGAUAAAAGUGAAAAUCGAUUGUGAAGGAUGUGAAAGGAAGGUAAGAAGGGCAGUUGAAGGAAUGAGAGGGGUUAGCUCAGUAGAGAUUGAGCCUAAGAAACACAAGCUUACAGUGGUUGGUUUUGUGGAGCCUGAAAAGGUAGUGGCUCGAGUGAUUCAUCGGACUGGGAAGAGGGCAGAGAUUUGGCCCUAUGUCCCAUACGAUGAGAUCGAACAUCCUUAUGCAGCCGGUGUCUACGAUAAGAGGGCCCCAGCUGGGUACGUGCGAUAUAACGAGAAUGCUCAACUCGCGCACCUUGGACGUGCGAGCUCGACUGAAGUUCGUUACACCACUGCUUUUAGUGACGAAAAUACUGCUGCUUGUGUGGUUAUGUGAUAUUCUUAACUAGUACAUUAGUACGUCGUGUAUUGUAUUUAUUUUCUUAGUUUGCGGAUGGUUUCCAAAUUAAUUAGCUUAUUUGCUUGGAGUUUGAUAUCGUUAAUUGGAUUCUGUAGAAGAUUGGAGUUUUGAUAUGCACAAGUCAAGAUCGGAAAUUAUUAUGAAAAGAUGUAAGGCCAUG